AUGUCAACCGAGCAACAAUACGAGCUUCUCUGCCUUGAGAACCCUCUCCUUGAUAUCCAAGGUCAAGGUGAUGAGGCUCUUCUGAACCAAUACGGCCUCAAGGCCAACGACGCCAUUUUGGCUGAGGAGAAGCACCUUUCUCUUUUCGAGGAACUCAUUCAGAACCGCUCCGCCAAGCUAUUGGCAGGUGGUGCCGCCCAGAACACUGCCCGAGGUGCUCAGUACAUCCUCUCACCCAACUCGGUCGUAUUCUUCGGUUGUGUCGGCAAGGACAAAUACGCCGACAUCCUGCAGGAGGCUAACAAGGAGGCCGGCCUCGCCGUCCGCUACCGAUAUGAUGAGGAAACUCCUACUGGACGAUGCGGUGUCAUCAUCACUGGCCACAACCGAAGCAUGUGCACCGACCUCGCUGCCGCCAACAAGUACAAAAUUGAGCACUUGAAGGAGAACUGGAGCGUCGUUGAGAACUCCAAGGCGUACUUCGUUGGUGGAUACCACUUGACCGUCAGCGUGCCCUCCAUUUUGGCACUCGCCGAGGAGGCUGCCAAGAAGAACAAGCCCUUCAUCCUCUCCCUCUCAGCGCCUUUCAUCCCACAGUUCUUCAAGGACCCUCUGGACCAGACUGCACCAUACUGGGACUACGUUAUCGGUAACGAGACCGAGGCCACCUCCUACGCCGACUCACACGACCUCAACACCCACGACAUCUCGGCCAUUGCCAAGGCGUUGGCCAACCUUCCCAAGGAGAACAAGCAGCGCAAGCGUGUCGCCAUCAUCACACAGGGCACUGACCCGACCAUCGUCGCCGUGCAGGGUGAGGAUGAGGUCAAGUCUUACCCCGUCCACAAGAUCGACAAGUCGGAGAUCGUCGACACCACUGGUGCUGGAGACGCCUUUGCGGGUGGUUUCUUCGCCGGUGUUGCACAGGGCAAGAGCCUCGAGACCUGCGUCGACAUGGGACAAUGGUUGGCCGCACUGAGCUUGCGCGAGCUUGGUCCUCAGUACCCUUUCCCCAAGCAAGCCUACGCUACCCUCCCCGUGAACUAA